CACUGCCUUAGUAGGCUGGUUUUAUAGCCUAGUUGAAGUGUGCUCAGUCUGAAUCUGCGUGCAGGACUGCUCUUGCGUAACAGACGUGCCAGGCGGUAGGUCGGUAGGUAUAUGCAAUCGUGUUUAUCCGCUUGUGAGGAAAAAAAUGAGAGGGAGGGAGCGAUGUGGAGAGAGAUGGAGCGGUCGGAGGGGGCGUUCAUUUGCUCACUAGCUCAUGGCUAGAGAGAGCUGACAGUGGUACAAGGCUGCUGAACCUCUCUGUAGGAGUGUAUGAGGACUGUUUUCUACCGUUUCCAAAUAUACCCAGCGGCUAAUAAGCGGUGGACUAACUCUACACAUUUCCUUUUGGCUCACGCGGUAUGUCCUAGUGCUCAUAUCCUGCCGCAGAGGACGCCAUCGGAGAGGAGCCGCACAAACCUGCAGCGGCUCACUGGAAGGAUGGUGUGACACACAGACAGACAGACAGCCACAGGGACCAGUCAUCGUUCACCAGUCAGAGGCAGACCAUGGCUCCCAUGCCUCUCCUUUUCUUGGGCUUCCUCUUCUCCUUCCUCCAUCCUUCAGAUGCCCAGACCGUCAUUGGCUCGUCCUCCUCAUUCUCUCCCCUGGACUUGCCUGUUAACUCUAACCCUCAACCAACCAAGCAGACUGCUAGAUUUUGGCCUUCUCUGCCUCCCAGAGGGCGCAGUGAUGUGCCUAUCAGAGCCACAGUCCCGGACAGACUGACAACUACGAAUACAGUGCAACGAGGGCGAUCAUCACAGUCCACACCUUCUUUUAUAUCUGCCCUUUCUACGCACAACCUCAGCAGUGGGCCAAUAUUAACUCAACCAACUGCCUCCAGGCCUAGGACUGAUACAGCUAGCUUAGCGAUCAUGAGGGCUCUUGCAAAGGGAGAUGCUACUACAAAAGGCUUUACUCCACCUAGGCCCACUUUCCCCUCGGCUGCUGUCUCUGAGGCUGCAGGUGAUAAGCCAGUGACAGCAGGAAAUCCAGAGGAAGGAUAUGUGAAAGUGACACAGGAUGAUGGUUUGCAGGAUUUGGGAUCAGGUCGUGUUCCAACAGUGACACCUGUGAAGGAGGAAUCACCUGGUCCUCAGUCAACAGUUGGUGAAGAAAUGGUGCAGUAUCAGCCACAGGCACAGACGGCAGUAUCUAAAGUUUCUGAUUUAAAGACAACAACACCAGUCAAUCAGACUGUGAAGCCUCACCUGCUUACAACGGCCAGUGAAAUCUCUACGACGCCACAGACUGAGACGAGAGCCACACUGUCCCCUGUGGUUACCCAGGCAACACCUCGGACUAUCCUAUUAACUGGUAAACUGACAGAGAACACUCCUUCCACCGUCAGAGAUACUCCAAAGCCGGACUCUGCUGCUGUGACAUUACCCCAGUCAACGACUCCUGCCACAGACUAUAAACAGUCACAGACUACAAAACAACCAGUAAACACCAUGCCGGAGCAAGUGACAACCACAUCUACAUCUAGUAUUUUAACUACUACACAAGAGGCUGUGAGAAUAUCCUCCAAAACAACAAAUAAACCCAACAAAACAGCACAACUGGGAAGAAAUACAGCCAGCACAACGGCACAGUCUUCAAGGCCAGGGACCUCGUCCUUCCUUGCCACUGGUGUUGUACCUGUCACCAGAAUAAGGUUCAGCCCCACAUAUCAGGCUGGUGUUGGUCAGAGGAACCGUUCCAUUCUUCUAGGACAUCCUCACCAAGCUCCCUACUCCACUUCUAAUCCAGCCCCCUCUCCCAGCAACGGUCCGUCUACUAAUGCAACACUUCUCUACUGGGGGGACCUGACCCGGACACUGGCUUUCGCCUGGGAGCUGCAUGUCUACGGCUCAGCCAGCCUCUUCCUCCUCCUGUUUGCUGGAGCUGCUCUGGGCCUCACCCUGUCCCCUGGAGCAAAUUGUCCUCAUCGAGGGGCUCUUGCACUCGCCAAUGCUCUAUUGUUUCUGGCUGGAGGCCUUAGGGCAGCUCUCUUUCUCAUAGACCCCUAUGGCACACGGAAAUUCCUCCCUCGCCCUGCAGUCACGGCCCUCUACAACUUGCCUCUACACUUGCUGGUUUGGACGCAGGCUGCCGUGGCUCUGCUGGCGUUGAGGGUGGCAGGAGUGAGUGUGUUACCUUCCACUUUGGAGCGCCCCCCGUUGGUGGCCGUGUUGGCAGUGUUGCAGUGUACCCUGCUGCUGGCAGCUGAUCUGCUUUCCCCAGCUCUGUCCCCUGUGGUGCCCGUCACCCUGCAGGUUCUGUCCCUCUGCUGGGGUCUGGCUCUCUGUCUGGGCUUCCUCUGCUAUGUGUUCCCACGUAUACGCUGCCCUUCCAUUCCCCACCCUGGAGUCCCUGAAGAGGCCAGGAGGAAGGCUUGGACAGGGAGCAGGAGGCUAGGGGUGAUUCUGGGGAGAGUGUUGGCAGUGUGUGCCGUUCUUGGAGCACUGUGCUGUGGACUGCAUGUUCAUGCCACCUUAUGGCUUUACGGACUGCUAGGGAACUGGACGCGUUUCAACUGGGGAUGGUGGCUUGUGCACUUCUGGGCCCGGCUCCUGGAGCUGGCCUGGGGGUUCUCCCUCCUACUCCUCAGUUCCUGGGUGUUCUGGAGGCCUCAAGGUUGCCGUGGAAGAGAGGAGGGUGGACCAGAUUGCAGAGCGGCGGGCGAUCUGCCGUCCCCUGGCCAAUCUACAGGCUCCACUCAAAGACAUACCUGCUGGUCCAAGAUCGUCCAAAGCCUGAGGGGGAAGCCUUGCAGAAAGUCUGACAGUAAUGGCUUGGGAGGAGGUGGAGGAGGUGGAGGAGGUGGAGGGGGAGGACCAGGGGAGGUGCCUAACAACUGGACUGGCCAGGAGCGUCCUGGAGCUGACAUCAGCAAGAGUCUGAUCAGGAACCAGAACCACGAGCAGGCCAACGCCCAGCCACGUUGCGUCAAAGACAGUAACCGGGGACGCAACCCUCGAGGCCUCUCUGCAGAACGAGGCGUGUCUGACUGCUCCACAGGCUCCCUGCUCAGACUGCAGGCACUGGGCCGGCCCCCACAGCGCUCAGUGAGUGGCAGUCUGGAUCAGGAGAGGGACACGUCACUGUCUCUUUAUGAGUUCGAUCUGCGUCCCCCAUCUCCCAUUGACCUGACCCGUAGCAUUGACGAGGCCCUGCACAGGGAGCACCUGCUAGGAGGAGGGAGCUUGUUUCAUCCUUUUAACCAAACUUCACAGUCCCCUUCCCCGGGAUCAGGGAUCAGCCAGGGGCCCUGGCUCCGCAGGAACAGUGAUCCUCAGAUGCUUUCUGAGAGCAGCGAUGCCCCGACAGAGUCUUCCAUGCCACUGGGGGGCAGCGUUCUCAGCAGCGUGCCCAGCAGGCAGGUGACUGCUCCCCCAACGCCUUCCCACCAGGGUCACAGGUGGGCUGGGAACGCAGCAGGAAGCGUCCCCUCAUCGGUGUCCUGCCCCGUGUCACUCCGUCCCUCCAGAACAUCAACGGGGCAUCUGGGGGACGAUGGAGUGGACGACACGCGGCCGUUCAUCACCCCUGACUCAGAGAGGGUGCGGGGGAGGGCUGGGAGGCCGGUGGGCUCACGGAGUUACCUAGAGGUCAGCCGCCAUGACGACUCUGCCAGUGUUAGCAGUGAGAUCAUUGACUUAUGAACCAAACUCUGGACAUGAGGACCAAUUACCGCACAUCAAACACCCAUUCAACAAAUAUUGUUCCCGACUAAGACUUGGACAAAAUCUGAUCUUUGAGCUGCCUAAAAGGUGAAUUAUUUUUAGAAGAGGGAAACUAUGUAAAAGUGUCUCUUGGUGAUGACCUUAAAGGAUAUCACCUAGUUGCCUUUUAUCUUGUUAAAAGGGUUUAACAAUUGUGUUUGUGGAACCGAUAUUGUAUAACUCUUACUCUAGGAGUAAAACUGGGAGAUAUAGCACAGAUAAACAACAUAGCACACAGCUCUUUCCAUCUCUUUUUCACACACAUAUAAAUUUCCUUCUCUUCUUGUCCUGUUUUGAGGGGAGGUCACACAAAUACGAGUCGCUACAAGUGAGGCCACUUCAAAAACAGCCUGGUGGAGCUCUCUCACAGUGCAACAGCUAACUAGAUAAGCUAAACUAUUUAUAUGCAAAGGAAACGGCAUUAUCUUUCUUUUGUCUUCCCGUUGACUCUGCAACUUUUGCCCUCCAAGGUAAAAAUGAACCAGAUUUUGUUUGAUUGUUUACAAAGCAUCAAGUAUACAUUAUUUCCUAAUUCUGUGUUACAUCAUUUUAGCCAACUUGAUUUGGCUUUUGUUUUGUGAAAAUUCAAUAAAAGAGACCCAAAUGUCUGAUAUAAAACAUUUAAAACCAUGUCAAAUUUGUCUCGAAGACAAGAGGAAAGUUGAACUUACCAAAGAGAUUCACCUCGCUGCUCACACGACUCCAUGCAUGCGUUUGCUGAUUAGUGACCUUGAAUUAUAUCGUUCAACUUCUAUCUACCAACAUCAAAACAGGAAGUGGGAAAGAAGUAGUAUUGUGACAUUGCGCUGAAAAGUGAGCAGUGCCACCAGAUGCACUAUACCGUAAGAAAAACAGUUGUAGCGACACGUAUUAGUGUGAUAUUCUUAAACACACACACCUGCAUAACACUGGUAUCACUUAAAAGUACACUGGGACCAUACAUACAUUUUAACCAGUCCUAAUAAUGGCUCCUAGCAGGGUCCCGCUUGUGAAGUUUGAAGGGUAAAAGACUUAUGUGGCUCCUCGCGUCUUUAGGUCCCAUUUCUAUUGUUUCUGUGAAAAAACGUCUGCAUAUCAACAAUUGUGAAUUACAUUGCUUUUCGAGUUUAUCCGCUGUCUUCCAUAUUUCUAUUUGCUUUGUGAUGUAAAGAUGUGCCAUACAUACAUAACCUUGGUUGGUUCCGUGAUAUUUUUAUGGUUCUAUAAACCCAUUAUUUGGGUUAACUCUCUAUAGCGUCUUACCAGUAUCAUAGUGACUCAGCUACGGAUUACUAUUUCUAAGCUCUUAACGUGCUGCUGCUGUUGUUGUUGUCCAGUCUGCCUUGUAUGUUAAUGUGAAGCUGGUUGCAUAAAGAGGCAGACAGUAAACAACGGCCGGGGACAUGCUUACGUGUGAAACUGUCGCUGAGGCUUUUAGCUGUAGCUGAACUUCACAAUGAAAUUCAACCAUUCGCCUGCGAAGUUAAUGCAUUUCAUCUUGUUAAGUUGUUCUGUUAAUCAAUAAUUACGUACAAUAAAAGCCUCUGACUGCAUUUUCACAGGGUUUGACAAAUAAUAUUCAACAUAAUCAUAAUCCUAUCAGUUGCAUUAAAUCAAUCAGACUCAUGUGUUAACUAGUUAAAUGCUACACGGCUUUGCAGGGCUGCACCACAUCAGACUGGCUUGGCAUGAACCUCAGAUCUCGUAUAAUAGACAUAACAAAGCACUUAACUCUAAAGCCUGAGCACUAGUGUUUAGUGCUAGUAUUUUACUACUCAAGAGAAAAAUAUCUUUCAAAUACAUAAUGUAUAAGCAACAAUGUAAAUAAUGCUAUUUUUGAUGUUCAUGAAUAAAGGUGUAUUUGAAACAUAGUAGUAGUUGUUACUGUGAAAGACAAUCUAAAGUGAUUUUGCUUAUGUGUCUGAGCUGUGCAGACCGUUAUGUGAUCUCAACAUCAGAUUGUGAACUGUUCAGUACAUGCAGACAUGUGACAGAGGUGAGCCAAGGACUCUCUGUGAUGUGCUAGAUAGACAUUUGUCUGCAGGUUAUGCUAAAUUAAAAACAAAUCGCCAUGGUCUGCAGGAUUUAUAACUCUUCUUUAAGUUAAUGAUAUCGGAAAGAAGCAAAAGAUUUCAUGUGGAACCAUUUUUAGUCUAUUAAUCGACUUGAGUCUGUUUGGUGAUCCUGAAAACACAGCAGGUCCUCCACAGUCUUACAUUUUAAAAUUUUUUCCAACAUCUUUUAAUUUUCAAGAUGAUUACCGGAAUGCUAUCUUGCAUUGCUGUUGUGAAUAUUUACCCAGCUGUUUCAAGAAGUGACAUUUUUCGAAAGUGGAUAAAUAUCAUUUUGGAUUAACCCAUUGAGGCCUGAAAAACCGCUGGGCGUUUUAAAAUAAGCCUCUAAUUUUCUGGAAAUUCUGGAAAAAUCUGGGGGAAAAAAGUGUGAACUCUUCUACUAAAUAAUAGAUUUUUCAGCCUCUGUAGCAGAUAGAAAUGAAAUUCAAAAAGUAUUUGAGAGCUUAUACAAAUACUACAAAACGACGUAAACGCUUUCCAGGCUUCAAUGGGUUAAACUUAAUUCACGCCUCUGUUUCUGAUGAGAGCCAGAACAUGACUUGUUUUCCGGUUACCUCAGGGUGACUUGCAGUACCUCCCAGUGAUGUGAGAUGCUUGACUUGUUUAGUAUUUACAGUACAAUGGCCUUGUGUUGUUGUCUACAUUCCAAUGAAACUGUGUACUCGCUGUUACCUCUUUUACUUGAUAACCAGGGUGGUGCCUCCAGCACCCGCAGUGUUUCCCCUCAAACAAGCAGUAUGUGCCAUAGAAAAUACGAUCAAUGUGCCCCCUCCGGUCUGUAGUCACAGUGCUGAAGUAAAGUAUUAGAUUCAUUUGUUUAUUUUGCUCAUUGAACUUUUGUUCUUGUAUUCCUUGCUGCAUUUCAUGUCUGGAUUCAAAUAAAAAACAAGAAAAUGUA